AUGGCACCAAAAGCCCUUGUCUACCUUUUCUUUUAUCUCCUUGUGACUCUUGCUUUUCAUCCACGACUCGUCCGCUCGGAGAAUAGUACCAGUACUGCAACCUCCAGUUCAAGCCAGAAUGCGACAUCUCUGUUCCGGGAGGAAGCAAAGUGCUAUUCUCUACCAUAUGGAACCUUGGGUUUUGUCUCUCACCUCCUUACUUAUUAUUCAAGCAAUAUGAUCAUGGAUAAACAUCGACCCCUGAUGCCUGGGACGGAAAUGAGAGACGGCCACUCGACCUGGAAUACAACCCUAGGCCUUUUGAAAUUGGUGCUUACCCAUAUCUCUUCAAUUGUGACCAUGGUACGAUGUUCUCAUGCCUGGCAGUUCGAGGCAAUUGCUGCAAUGAAACUCACCCUUUCUCUCUCCUCUGGUCUGAAUACCAUCUUUCCUAGCGGAUACUGGACUUUUCUCUACAUCCCUGGCGCUCUCACUGGGCUAGCCGGAUCCCUAGGCUUGACGCAUAUACUGUGGAAUACACCAGACACUCAGAAGGAUACAGUCAUCAUAACGGCUGUCUUUUUUGGUAUUCCCGCACUCUGCGUUCUGGUGGCGCUUCUGAUGCUUUGUUGUGAUAGUAGUGAUUCUUGUGGUGAGACUUCCAUGGUUGCCUUUGGUAUAGUGGUUGCCUUUGGGGCACUCUACUCGGACUGGAUCCUAGCAGUUGCCGUUCACAACUGGAUCGGGUAUCCAGACAAUAGUACCACGCUGACCCAGGUUCUAUGGGUGCUUUAUUUUGUCGGAAAAAGACUGAACAUGCUGGUGGUGUGA